AUGGCAACAAUGCUGGUGUCUUUAAGACAGCCGGAUGAUGCACCGCCUCCAAUUCAAGAUUCGAUAACCAUCAAAUCUCCGACCAUCGAUGCUAGCGAGGAGCUGUGGGAUAUCGAUCAUGAACCUCCCAAGAAUAUCUCUUCGGAACAGAGAGAGCCCUGGAUGAACUGGAAGAACGACCAGCUCGGAACACAAAACUUAGAAUUCGCGGCCAAAAUCCGCUCUCUUCAAAAGCGACCAACGAUUGAUCAAGUGAAGAUUGCAAGUGAUCUCAAUUACCUUCGCCAGGUGAUUACGAGCUGGGUGUGUUGGCUACCGCCUUGCAAACAAUUCUCGCAGAACUGGCAAGCAGUUAAUCAAUACUUGGUCAAACUGGAGGCUCCAAGCCUGGAUGAAGCGAGAUUCCCGGAAAUCAUUCCUUUGAUCCCUCUGGAAUUCCUCAUGUUUGCGAUAUCGAGCAUUAUAUGGAAAGUUCUCUUCAGCCCGAUCUUGACAGGGGCAUCGCCACAGGAGCGCGAAUAUCUCGAAAAAAUAGAAAGAGCAAUUGAAUCGUUCAAGCGCAAGAGAAAUUGCUCUGUAGGCCCAGAGUCCAUCGCUAUUUGGAGAUCGGACACAUGCGAAGCGAUAUCAACAUUCGAUGGACACACUGAGCACCUCUCUAUGAACUGCAAACUUGCUGUGAAUCGAAUUACCGAGAUAUUAAAGGUUGCGGGUUUCAGCGAAGAUGACCUCGAGGUUGGAGAAAUUGGAAGCUUGGAGAGGAAAGUUACACAGCCCAUGGCGCAAAUUACCACAAAGUUACAAUGUUCCCCUGCAAAUUACGCCUGGCGCUGGAACUUUCCCUCUCAGAUCGUGCGGAAGCGUCAUCUGAAGGAGAUUAAGCCACAUGAUCCUAAUGUCCAUACCACGGUUUCUCGUCCCCUUGUGAGCUAUGCCAACAUUGCCGACGAAGACAUCAUUGGAUAUUCAAUGUUCACGAUUUUUCAACAUUGGUCAAGGUUGUGCGGCGAGAGGUCUUUUGAGAAGUGGGAUUUCGUGACAUUGAACACAUAA